AUGGAGGUGCCGCAGGGCCACGAGGCAGCGCUGAGGGCCGCGGCGCAGAACAAGCCGUGGCCGCGCGGAGGCGGCGGGGCGCCUUCAUCCGCGGCGCCCCGGCCGCCGCCCAAGGUGUACCGCGUGGAGCCCCGGGAGUUCCGGGACCUGGUGCAGAGGCUCACCGGCGCGCCGCCCACGGCCCUGCGGCGCCCGCAGCAGCAGCAGCACCAGCACCACCACCGCGUGGUGGGCGUGGCCGCGCCGGUGGUGCAGCCGCGGCCCGUGCGCCCCGGCGGCGAGCAGCAGGCGUACGUCGCGGCGGCGGCGCCGUGGUUCUCGUUCCCGAUGGCCGGCGGGGUGGAGGCGGCGACGGCGGCGCAGCCACAGCACGGCGCUUUCCUCUAG